CGAUGAUCUCCCUUUUAUUGAAAAGCAUUACUCAAGGGACUUAACUGUAGUAAACUACAAUCACAACCAAUUUUAAUGGCAAUGGCGAGUAGCAUCUGGACAAACAAAAGGCGAAACCAUGAUCACCGCUACACGAAGAGUCCCAAAAAUUAUCAAACAAAUAAGACACUACGCUCCAGUUUUCACACUGAGCACAACUACAUCAGACCUGCACAGCCUUGCAUUGAUAACUAUGGAAGCAAUGUGAACAACGAACAGAACACUGCAACAACAUCCUUACCUCAGCAUCCAGUGGACAAGAUUAGCGAUGAGUUGCUCAAGUCUCGAUGGUCCCUGGCAGAAAAGAAAGCCUUGCAUGAGUAUAUCAGCACUCGACCAAUAAAGCCCUGUGAGACCGAUACUAAAUACUGGAAGAGUUGUGCAAAUUUCCUCAAUAAAAAAUUCCCAUUUCGGAUUCGCACAGGUAAAUCAUGCAAAAAUGCAGCAAAGAGACUUGGAAGUCAUUCAGCACCAAAUGCUGUAUCUACCAGUAUUAGCGUUCAAUCAGCACCAAAUGCUGUAUCUACCAGUAUUAGCGUUCCUUCCACCGAACAUAAAAUGGCUUUACACGUGGAUGCGGAACAAAUGUCAAUGUCAGUGUCGGGGAGUUCACAGGAUUUUCAGUUAAAAGCCCAAAACUUCAUAGAACCCACAAAUGCGUGUAAGGGAAAUGCAUGCACUAGUCCACAGCAAGUGAACAUGGAGGUCCAACAACGCCUAGGUCUGGCUCUUGAUCACACUUGGGCAAAACGGUUGUGUACAGAAGUGAUCAAACAUUAUGACGAAGAUCAAGUGAGCGAAAUGAACGCCAGUCUGCCGUCCGUAAUGGAGGAGCUAGCAGCGCUCAUGAAAUCGAACGAAAAAGGCAGCAAGAUUCCAAAGCCAGGGAAAAAGAAAAUACGAAAAAGAAGAAUCAGCCUCAAAGGAAAGCACCCGGAAGUCGAGGAAGGUGAGCCAGAAGAGUUCAUAUAUAGCUGGCCCAAGUGUUCGUGUGGCGUGAAGCACCCUCCCAUACCCAGUUUUCAGCCGCCCGACGGCGUCCGGUGCAUGUUCUACUGGCAAAUCGCCGACCAGUUCCCGUUCAUGACGCUACACCGGGCACUAACUACAGAGCUCAAAUUUAUAAAUGCAGACGCCGACCAAAGCGGGCUGAUAGAGAUGUGUGAACUGCGAGGCCUGCUGAAGUCGACACUGGGCGAGGAUGUUUCCGACCUCACGAUAGAGGGCACCUUCAACGAGAUCGACACAGACAAGAGCGGAACACUGGAUUUCCUCGAGGUUCUCACGGUUGUGGACAGUCUGGUACAGAGGCGGGAGAACACGCUGCCAUUGACCGUGAAGAACGAAUACUCGAAAGUCUGUGUCAUGCAGUGACUGUCAGUGGUCAUGCAGGAUACUAUUUGUUCAAUUCUUUGCAGUAUUAAAAAAGUUGUAAUAAAAUACCUGAUUUUCUUCA